AGGCAAAAGUAUAUAUAGUCUGCUUAUAAGUUCAUAAACUAUAGCUCUACCUUACUAGAAUCAUGGCAAAUAUGACACGAUGGUUAAUGGGAUUAUUACCAUCAAUAUUAUGUAAUAUUGCUAUAUUUUAUGGGGUAGUACGAUUACUGGAAGUAAUAACUCCUAGUGAUGCAACUAUCCCUUCUAAUAUACGACAAAUAACAUUAAUUAGAUCAUUAGCAUUAUCAAUUAUAUUACCAGGUAUUUUAUUCUUAGUUCACUUUAUGUAUGAUACACUAACUAUGAAUUGGAGAUGUAAAAGACUACAACAAUAUCAAUAUCAAUAUCAAUAUCAAUUAAGUUUCUAUUUACCAUUAAUUGAAGAAUUCUUAAAAUUUAGCAUAUUAUUCAUUUUAACUUGUAUAUCUAAAUUACAAUAUACUCAAAUUGGAUUUGUUAUAUUAGCAUUAAAUACGUCAGAAAUCUUAACAAGAUAUAUGUCAUUUGAAUCUGAUAAAUUUCUUAAAUUAUAUGAUAUGUUCACUCAUCAAGAAGCCUUUGAAAGUAAAUAUUCAACCGAUAGUAAAGAAGAGAUGCAUGCAUUAUUUCAAAGUAUUCUUAAUAAUGAAGAUGAUAUUGUAAGUAAUGAUAUUAAUGAUAAUAUUAAUGAUAAUAAUAAUUAUAAUAGACAAUCUAUAAGUUCAGGAAAUUCUGAGGAUACAUUGUUUAUUAAUAAAAAAGUAUCUAUGGCUAGCUUACCAAGUACAUUUAAUUUAACUAAAACAGAAGUAGCAUCUUCAUCAUCAUUACAAAAUUCAAAUAGUAUUGAUUCUCAAAAUACAGUACAAACUGUCGAUUCAAUUAAAAUCUUAUCAAAUUAUAAAUCAUGUUAUGAUUUCGUGGAUAAGUUAUAUUCUGUAUCACCUAAGAAUACUUAUCAUUUAAAUACUGCAACAGCAAUAGCUGCAUUUGAUAACGCUUUAUCCGAUAAUCAACCAAAUAUUAAUUACGAUUUAUUGGAAAGGGUUGAUCAUAUGCAAUGUACCAAUGUGACCUUACCUUCCGAUGAUGAUGAGUUAGCAUUACAACCAGUUACAACUCAAGAUACUCAUUUCGGUGGUGGAGGUGGUGGAAAUUUUAAAUAUAAAUUUCCCGAUGGUAGAAAAAUUGAAUUUGGUGGUGGAGCAGGAUUUGAUUAUUCUCAUUCUAAACCUGGAAGUGAUAGUGGAUCUGAUUCAGAAGCUCAACAUUAUCAAUCACCUUAUGAAUUCAAAGAUAAUAAGUUUAUAAGAUUCAUUAAUUGGUUUUCAUGGUUAGUACCUCCUUUAUUACCUAUUUCUGUAGCUCAUAAGAAUGAAGAAGUUAACCAAGAAAGUACACAUUUACUUAAAAAGAGAUUAUCAACUUUUAAGAUUAGUAAAAGAUCUCAAUCUAUUAUAUCAACAUCUACUUCAAUUGGAACAUAUUAUACAGGAGAACAAACCAAUUAUUAUAAUACAAGUAAUCCAAUUGAUAGAUAUAAGAAUUUUGUUAUGUUUAUUAAUUUAUUCUUUGACUAUUCUGUUGAUGAUUUUAAUAGUGCAGUUGAAAUUCCUUUAUUAUUUAAACGAUUUGGGGUAAUAUUUAAUGAAUUCCCCAUAGUUUUCAAUCUUUUAGAUUGUUUUAACUUUAUGGCCUGGAAUUUUAUAACGAUUAUGAUUUAUGGAACUUUAUUCCUUUCUAAUCAUAAAUCAAUAUUAAUUGGUAUGUCAGUUGGAUUGUUUAUAAUCAAACUUUUUAAAAUAAACUAUUUAAAUAAUCCAAACAAUAGAUUUGGAUAUAAAGGAUUAAUUGCAACAGAAUUAUUUAUUAAUUCUGCUGGUAUAUUUGCAAUUUGUUUAUUAAUAAUUGAAAAAUUGGGAUAUUUGGGAUAAUAAUUAUCAGUGUAACAGUAAAAUAUAAAAGGUGUA